UUAAUUCCGCCAGUGUAGCUAAGAUUGAAAAUUGACACUCUGUGUUCUGAAUUAGAAGCUCCAUGAGUGAGACCCAGGAAUCUUCAUUGUUAACUACACUUCCCCAAAUCUACUCCUGGAGCUGCAUUUGAAAUGGACUGGUGAAAGGUGUAGAUUAAGUGAAUGAGGGACAGUAAAAGCAGGUGUGGUGGGGAAAUUGAAAGAAAUGGCAGUUGAAGUGUUUCCAGUUAGAGAUGCUCAAGAUAGCGCCCUCAGAAGACUGUCAGUGUUUGGGGUCUGGCCUUGCUGCUGUGGAGAGGUGAAUCUAGGAGAAUAAAGAAUUUGAAGUAGUGUAUGAGUAUGAAGGGCUAAUGAUGUGAAUAUUAAGUUUACUGAUGCUGAUGGAUUGGAGUGGAGAAUAUUAUACAUUAGUUGCUGAUGUAAUACAGAUAUUUAAAAAAAGUGGUGAACUGGGAAGGAGAAAAUGCUCAAAGGAGGGGCAGAAAUAACAAUGGCAAGUAAGGAUGGAUUUGUCUACUUCAAUGUUUAAUCAGGUGAAGAGGAAAAGGGAGGUUCUCCAUGGGCUUAGGGUACCAAUGAAGUGGGUUCAAGAAAGAGCUAGGUUUGACUUAGGUAGGGGAGGUGAAGGGAAAUGGAGGAAAUCUGUUUAGAAUUUUAAAGGGAAGUUAGCCCACACAGAAGAUGAGAGGAAUAGCUUGACGGGAAGAGCUUGAGCAGAAGCAUAAGGGUUUGGACAGAGAAGCCAAAGGCCAAAUUUCCACUUUCAGCAGUUUCAUUUCAACUGGUAGCCAGAAGAAAGAAACCACUGAAAACAGAAGUUCACCUGCACAUCUUGUUUUCCCUAACAUCAAGAAUGUGAGAGACCCACCACCAGUUUGCCUUGAUGUUAGACAAAAACAGCGUAUCUCUAUAGAUUCAUUAUCAUCUGAAACGAAAGCUCCAGCCCUUCCAGAACCUGUCCUUCCAAUCCAGCCCAAAACUAUGAAAGACUUUCAGGAAGAUAUGGAAAAAGUUAAGUCAUCAGGAGAUUGGAAAGCAAUACAUGAUUUUUAUCUAAAAACGUUUGAUUCUUUCCCAGAAUUAAAUGCUGCAUUUAAGAAAGAUGCCACUGCCUCAUUUAAUACCAUUGAAGACUCUGGGAUUAAUGCUAAAUUUGUGAAUGCUGUAUAUGAUGCCUUACUUAAUACGCCUCAAGACAUUCAGAAGACAGUAUUAAAGGGAAUCAUUAACAGCUUGUUACGAGAAUGGAAAGGUCCACGAACAAAAGAUGAUCUUAGAGCAUAUUUUAUACUUUUACAGAAUCCUCAAUUUAAUAACACGUCUACAUAUGUCAUCUAUGCUCACUUGCUACGACAGAUAGCUACCUUAGUGGAAGCUGACCAUCAUUUCCUAGCUCACUGGUUUAAAAAAUUAUCCCAGAAGAGGUUCAAACAAUUGGUAGAGAGAUUGCUGCAAUUUAUUUCUUUACGCCUGUUUCCUGCAAAGCCUGAAGAAUUUCCACCUAUAACAAAGUGUUCCUGGUGGAUACCAUCAGCUUCUAAAGUGUUGGCUUUACUUAAUACUGCAAACAAUUUGGUUCACCCUCCCCUUAUUCCUUAUACUGAUUUCUAUAAUUCUACAUUGGAUCACAUUGAUCUCAUGGAAGAAUAUCAUACUUGGCAGAGCUUUGGAAACUCUCACAGGUUUUCCUUCUGUCAGUACCCAUUCGUUAUUUCUAUAGCUGCAAAAAAAAUCAUUAUUCAAAGAGACUCAGAACAACAGAUGAUAAGCAUCGCAAGGCAAAGUCUGGUGGAUAAAGUAUCUCGAAGACAGAGACCUGAUAUGAAUAUGUUAUUUCUAAAUAUGAAAGUAAGGCGGACACAUCUGGUUAGCGAUUCACUUGAUGAGUUAACCCGGAAAAGAGCAGACUUGAAAAAGAAGUUGAAGGUUACAUUUGUAGGGGAAGCUGGUUUGGAUAUGGGUGGCUUGACUAAAGAGUGGUUCCUUCUUCUAAUUCGCCAAAUUUUUCAUCCAGAUUAUGGCAUGUUUACAUAUCACAAGGAUUCACAGUGCCAUUGGUUUAGCAGCUUUAAAUGUGAUAACUAUUCUGAAUUCCGAUUGGUUGGAAUUCUUAUGGGACUAGCUGUUUAUAACAGCAUCACCUUGGAUAUUCGUUUCCCUCCUUGCUGUUACAAGAAAUUAUUGAGUCCUCCCAUCGUUCCUAGUGAUCAGAACAUACCAGUAGGCAUCUGCAGUGUUAACAUUGAUGACUUAUGUCAAAUUAUGCCUGAGUUGGCCCAUGGAUUAAGUGAACUCUUAUCAUACGAAGGCAAUGUUGAAGAAGAUUUCUAUUCAACAUUCCAGGUUUUUCAAGAAGAAUUUGGAAUAAUUAAGUCCUAUAAUUUGAAGCCAGGUGGUGAUAAAAUUCCAGUUACCAAUCAAAAUAGGAAAGAGUAUGUACAGCUUUAUAUUGACUUCCUUCUCAACAAAUCCAUCUAUAAGCAGUUCUCUGCAUUUUAUUAUGGAUUUCAUAGUGUGUGUGCUUCAAAUGCCCUAAUGCUGCUUUGUCCAGAAGAGGUUGAAAUUCUGGUCUGUGGAAGUCCUGAACUGGAUAUGCAUGCUCUGCAAAGAAGUACUCAGUAUGAUGGCUAUGCAAAAACAGAUUUAACUAUAAGAUACUUUUGGGAAGUUGUGCUUGGAUUUCCUCUUGAUCUUCAAAAGAAGUUGCUACAUUUUACUACAGGAAGUGACAGAGUACCAGUAGGAGGGAUGGCUGAUUUGAACUUUAAAAUCUCAAAGAAUGAAACUUCUACUAACUGGUUACCUGUGGCCCAUACCUGCUUCAAUCAACUUUGCCUUCCCCCCUACAAGAGCAAAAAAGACCUGAAACAGAAAUUGAUCAUUGGAAUUUCAAAUUCAGAAGGCUUUGGACUCGAAUAACCUAGAAGACUUGAAAUACAAUAUUUUAUAUGUAGCAUUCACUUCCCUCUUAUUGUGCCUUUAACCUUUUCAUGUUUCUGUCUCAAAACAGUUUCACAAAGCUCACCAACUUUAAAAUACUGAGUUUUUUAAAAAUCAAAUAUGAAGUAUGUUCAGCAAGGGGAUAAUUUUCUAAAAACGCAGAAAUUGCUUGAGUGAGGAAAAGACCACAUGACAGAGACAGGUAUGGGUCCAGUCCCUCUUUUUUAUAGCACUUUAUCAUUCUCUGUGAGUAGUUUGUCACAAGUAUUCCACUGGGAAAACAAAGCGCAGUGAAGAAUGCAUUUAUGAUGCAGUUAAACCCAGUGGCAGAUUGUGCACUGCUAGCACACAGUAGCAAAGCAAGUAGCUACAUUUCCUUUAACAUAAGGGGUGUAGCCAUAUUUUCAUAUAGAGGGAAACAACAGUACAAUUGCAAAUGCAGUUUACAGGGUUUUUUGAUAUACUGGAUGUGGUCCCGUAAGAUUCUUUUCAACUGUUGCUGAAAAGCGUGUAAAUAACAUAAAAGCCUGAGAAUAAUGGGAUUUUGAUAGUGCCAUUUAUUGCUAAAGAUUUAUUUUUACAAAGUAAAUUCAGGGUUUUAGAUGUGUAUACAGCUUUUACAAAUCAAUAAAGAUGAAUGUACAAGAGUAUUUUCAGACUAAUUGGGUUCAAGGUUAUAUUCUUUUAAGUAUUGUUAGUCUGCAUGCACAUUGGCAGUAAACUAGUUACUUGAGUACUCUGUAAUAUUUGUAUAAUGAUCAUUUCUUCUUAAGGGUCAAGAUAUUAGAAAAGAAAUCAAAUCUAAUCAUUGAUGAAUUAUGUCAAUUACAAGCACAAGAGAAAAGAACUGCUUUUAUAUAUUUUGAUUGGUGUACAAGACUUAUAGCUACAUUUUUUGAUCACCAGUUGUAUUGAAACACUAAUUUUUGGAAAAGGUAGGAUAAGGCAUUUGACAAAAGUGAAUACAAUAAUAGCAUUUGUGUCAAAAUGAUAUAGCUUGAUGUAAAAAUAAAAUUCAGCGUUUUGGCCAAAAUGUUUGUUUUUCACUGGAUUCUGAAUAUAGGCGAUUCAAAGUACCCUCUGUUUUGGAGUUUCUAAUAAAGUAGCAUGUAAAAAGAAACUGCAUUUUAAGUCAGAUAGUAAAUGGGCUUUUUUUUAAUUUAUAGCAAAUGAAGCAGUUUUAUUAGCAUGUUACAAAUAUUUCCAAAUCAAGACUUCUCUACUAUACUUUGACAGCUUUUCUUCAGAAAACUCUGAAGUUAUAUUUGCAAUAAUAAUGAAACCAGCAUUUAGUACCAGCAUAUGGUUCAUAUGUAAAUAACACUUCCCAAAAUUUUUUCUGAGUUAGGCUUUCUUCUUGUUGCUAUGCUUCCUGCACCCAACCAGCAGCAUUCUCCAAGGGUGGAGGAACUAAUCAGCUUUUUCUCUAACAGUUCUGAAGCCAACCCAUAAAUCUUUGAGGAAAAGGAGUUGCUUUGUUUACCAUUCUCUUUGAGACAAAAGUGACUCUGCUUUUCCAUUUGGGUUUAUUAUUUCAAGGGUACUUCUUAAAAAUCUUGGAAGGCCUAAGAGAGUUAAAGGCAUAUUGGUUUGGUUUGGUUUUGUUCUGUUUUUAAUCCAUAUGCAAAUAAAACUGCUUCUCUCUUACACUGCUUGAACUAGAAAGUAAGCUGUUUAAUGUAGGUUACUACUAAUAAGCACAAAAGAAUCAUGUAUUAGAAACCAGAUUUAAUUGUUUUAAAUAAAAUGUAAACAAAGUAUUUGGUAGAGAUGACUCAUGGAAAAAUUGUGUUGGCCUGGUCUGCAUGUUUAAUGAUGUGCUUGUAUAUCGAUAGCUAUGUCACUUUUAAAUAAGUACACAAGCAAGCCAAAUUUUUAAAUUACAAAGUCCAUAAAUAACUGGAGAAUUUUUGUUGUCUGUUGUUAUUAAGUUGAAAUUUAUAACCAUUUAUCACUAAAUUGCACAUUGCCUUUAUUUAUUUAUGCUCUGUUUUUGGUUUACAGUGUAAUAAUACCUCAUUUAAAAAAUAAAAACCACUACUGUUACAUUUUGUUAAUUUAAACAGCUAGAACAUUCAUGUAGUUACUUUUUAUAUAUAUAAAAUCUGUUAAUGAAUUCUUGAUUUUUGUAUCUGCCACAGUAAAUUAAAGCAUUGCACAGUAUUUAUCAGUAUUUACAAAAUUUCCUGUCCUUUUUAAAUCUUUGCUUAAUCAUAUUUUUGCCUAUAUGAUCAAAAGUUUUUAACAGUCCCUUUUUUUUGUACAAAUCUGUAUUGUAUUAAGUUAAUUUCUGGAUGAAAUUUUUCAAAUAUUAAAAUUAUACAGUUG